GAAUUGUACUGGGAUCCUAACAUUCUUCAUAAUUCACAAGCUAAAUAAGUGGAUUAAUCACUGCUGUUUGGAAUGGCUGCUGUGUCCAAUCAGGAAUUUCAGCUCUUGGAGCAAAAACAGGAUCAUGAUAAACCAGACAGUCCAUUCUUCGUUAAUUUAGAAAAAAACGAAUUAAUUGAAACCCCACCCAGGAAAGAACAUCCAAAUACACAUGAUCUUAGUUCAAAAGCAAAGGCAGAUGGGCCAAAAAGCAAAUCCUCAAAUUAUUUUGCAGCCCUGGAUUCAACUACUAAAAGUCUGGAAGAAAGAGUUCAGCAAUUAAUUGAUAAGAUAAAUGAGAAUCGGAAGAAAGACCACAUGCUGAUGAACAAUUUCAGAGAAAGCCUUUUGAUGAAGGUUUCAACUCUGGCAGAUAAACUGGAGGAAAGGCUGUUUCUAGUUUAUGAUCAAAACAACAAGCUCAUUCAGGAUAAGGUUCAAGAAUUUUCUGCCAUCGUGGGAAGGAUCAAACAAAUGGAAGCAGAGCUCAGGCAGGUCUGUCACACUGUGGAGAUGCUGUAUAAAGAUCUGUGUGCCUAAUCUGAAUUGUGACUGCAUGAAGUGAGGGAAAAAUAUAAAGUAUAUAUGAAGGAUUUAUGCAGGAGAAAAACUCAAUCCAUGUUUUGGUAAGCAAAUAAGAGACACGCCUAAAGUCCUUUGAGGGGAAACAAAGCUGUACCAGACUUCCCAAGUUUUCAAUUAAUAUGUAGCCUCUAAAAGUACUUUGAGGACAUUUGUUCGUUAUUCUUUGUUUGUAAAAUGUCUAAGUUAACUUCUUAUAGCAUAAACUUCCAUUAUAUUUGUGUGAGGUUCCAUACUGUAGUUUUCAUACAGAAGAGCUACUGUUACUGGUGUAGGUGUUGUGGCUACAUUCAACAAUAUGAAAUUUCAAACUUGUAUGUCAAUGUGAAAUUUUACACUAAUAAAAAAAG